UACCUUAUCAGCAAGGCUGCCAGUCCAUUUCUAAUCGAAACCAAUAUGAAAGCCAUAGUUAUCAUCAUUCUGAAACUCCACUUCAUCGAAACCAUCGUCACUCUGAAACUUCAUCUCACUGA